GAAACGCUUUUUUAAAAGCCUUACACACUCAUUUAAUUAGACUCAAAGUCGCUUAAAAUUCUUACAUUUCGUAAACGCCCACUGCGCUCAGACCUUCAGAUUUCAUAAGAAUCAACAAUCAUUUACAAAGAUGGGAUUAUCAGGAGGAGCGAUCGCUGGUAUCGUUGUUGGUGUGGUAGUUGGUACAGGUCUUAUUGUAACGAUUUUGGUGCUGCUUCACCUGCUCAACAAGCGCACAAAUGCAAUUGAGAGGACGAGAUCUGAUAAUAUAGAGAAGAUCAACAGCGCUGAAGCUGGUCAGAAUUACGGUCACAAUCUUACGCUAGUCAAUGGCGAUAAGGAUAAGCCUGUCGUGCCAGACGAUAACUUCAGAACAUCAGUUGAACAAUCAGUACAAACCUCUAAUGCAGCAGCAGGCGAGGAUGUACAACAGAACCUUAUGGAUAGUUACAAAGAUACGAAUCAAUCACAAGACGCAUUUAUUUACCCCGGUUCAAACGUAUUCGUACUUUACCCAUACAAUGCUGCUCUUCCAGAUGAGCUGACGAUUGUACCAGACCAGACUAUAAGAGUUACGAGAAUCUACGAUGACGCGUGGGCUGCUGGUCAGAUCCUUGGUUCAUCGUUCAGAGAGGGUGCAUUCCCAUUGGUCUGUGUUACAGUUUCAGAGGGUGCUGCGACAUCUAUACAUGGUUCAGCACCAAAGGCACCAUCAGUCAGAUCUUCGUCUGUCAAUUCGAGACAAUCUAGUUUCAAAUCUGCAUUCCAGUCACCAUCUGAAGGUGGAAAAGCAUCCUGGGUUGCAGGCAGACCUGUCUCUGUUGGACACGUUGCGGGACGCAAGCCAGCAUCUUCAAAACAAUCAAACCACUAACUUAACGGAUAAACGGAAAUGGAUAUUUCAAAUUUCGCCUAUACUACCCUUUAGAUUGUCUUUUUAAUAUAUUUUUAUCGAUGCAUGUGAU